AUGAAGUUGGUGGUCCUCCUCCUCUUCCUCCCCUUCCUCCUCAUGUGGACGUCCUGUCCGCGGUGUCUCGCCAGCAUCGCCGCUAAAAAUGAGUUUAUGUCUUUGGCGGAGAUGGAGGACGAGCUGCUGAGGAACCUUUUCCAAGGCUACCAGCGCUGGGUCAGGCCAAUCCAACGAGCCAAUGACACCAUCAGAGUACGUUUAGGACUCAAGAUCUCCCAGCUAGUGGAUGUGGAUGAGAAGAACCAGCUCAUGACAACUAAUGUUUGGCUGUGUCAGGAAUGGUUCGAUUACAAGCUGCGAUGGAAUCCAGACAAAUAUGGAGGAAUCACGACCAUCAGAGUUCCCUCUGAAAAUAUCUGGCUGCCAGACAUCGUCCUCUAUGAGAAUGCUGAUGGGCGUUUCGAGGGCUCCCUCAUGACCAAAGCCAUUGUCAAGAACACAGGUAUGGUCACCUGGACGCCACCUGCCAGUUACAAGUCGGCCUGCACAAUGGAUGUCACCUUUUUCCCUUUUGACCGCCAGAACUGCACCAUGAAGUUUGGCUCCUGGACCUACGAUGGCCACAUGGUGGAUCUGGCUCUGAUGGACUACCAGGUAGAUCGAAAAGACUUCUUUGACAAUGGGGAGUGGCAGAUCCUCAAUGCCACCGGUGCCAGAGGAAACCGGAAGGAUGGCUUGUAUUCAUACCCCUUCAUUACGUACUCUUUUAUUCUGAAGAGGCUACCGCUGUUCUACACUCUCUUCCUCAUCUUCCCCUGUCUGGGUUUGUCCUUUCUGACCGUCUUGGUGUUUUACCUUCCCUCAGACGAAGGAGAGAAGCUGUCACUUUCUACCUCUGUUCUCGUCUCGCUCACUGUGUUCCUCCUGGUCAUAGAGGAGAUCAUCCCCUCCUCCUCCAAGGUGAUCCCACUCAUUGGAGAGUACCUGCUCUUCAUCAUGAUCUUCGUCACGCUCUCAAUCAUCGUCACCGUCUUUGUCAUCAACGUCCACCACCGCUCCUCUGCAACCUACCACCCCAUGUCCCCGUGGGUUCGUAACCUCUUCCUCCAAAAACUCCCGAGGCUGCUCUGCAUGCGCGGACACAUCGACCGCUACCACUACCCAGAGCUGGCCCCUGAGAGCCCUGAGCUGAAGACUCGCUCUGGAGCUCGGAGAGCCGGGCAGAGGAGCGGCGCCCAUGGAACUACUGAGGGGAAGGAGGACGAAGCCUGGGCGACCAUGAUGGAGAAGGCCAUCUACUCAGUGCGGUACAUCAGCAGACACAUCCGCAAGGAGCACUUCAUCCGCGAGGUGGUACAAGACUGGAAGUUUGUGGCCCAGGUGUUAGACAGGAUCUUCCUGUGGGCUUUCCUCAGCGUCGCAAUACUGGGUACCAUCGGCAUCUUCACUCCAGCGCUGCAAAAUUUCUUGAAAAUCCCUCCUCCUAUUGCGAGUGAGAAUCCACCUUCACACUAG